GAAGCAAGAUUAUUACAGAGUCUUUAUAAGUCACAGCGGUGUGAUUACGUGUGUUAGAGUGUCGGUAAGAUUCAAGUGAAAGUGACCGGUCUUCUUGAACCUGGAAGAUAACUGCUCCAAGUCCGCGGAUAGCACUCACUCAUUCCGGAAGGCACUUCCACUCAACUACUGUCCAACGCAAGAUAAGGAACGAUACUGAAUUUCGGCUCCGUAAUUUGGAAAUAGCGUGCCAGUAGGAUGUGGCUGGCUGUGCUUCUGUUUGUGUUCAUUCUUGGCCUUCUCGCUUAUUUGGACACAAAGAAACCUCCAAACUUUCCUCCAGGUCCAGCAUGGCUGCCAGUGGUGGGGAGUGGCAUGGCAAUCUACAAGAUCCGCAAGUACCUGAAGAACAAAGGCAGCUUUUUCAGCCACGCGACCACUGAGAUGGCGAAGGAGUACGGACCGCUGGUCGGCCUGAGGGUGGGCAAGGACAGGCAGGUGGUCUGCUGCUACCAGGCCGUCAGGGAGAUGCUCUUCAACGAGGACAUCGAUGGCCGCCCGACUGGCCCUUUCUGGGAGAUUCGUACCUGGGGCAGCCGCAAAGGUCUGCUAGUAACAGACGAGGACUUCUGGGCCGAGCAGAGGCGCUUCGUUCUGCGUCACUUGAAGGAGUUUGGCUACGGGCGUCGCACGAUGUCAGGCCUCGUCGAGGAGGAGGCAUUGCAAAUGGUCGCCCUCUUCAAGCAGCGCAUACAAGGCGAGAAAAAACAGAAAGGAGUUGUAAUGGAAAUGAACGAGGCGUUCGGAAUUUUCAUUCUCAACACUCUGUGGACCAUGCUGGCUGGAAUCAGGUAUAACCCAGAAGAUAAAGAGCUGAAGACACUGCAAUGUCUGCUUGAUGAUCUCUUCAAAAGCAUUUCAAUGGUUGGAGCUCUUUUCAGCCAAUUCCCUGUUUUGAUGACUGUUGCUCCCGAAUUUUCUGGAUAUAGAAAGUUUGUAAAUAUUCAUCAGCAAAUUUGGAUAUUUUUGAAUAAUGAAUUGGAGAAUCACAAGAAAACAUUCAAAAAGGAUUCGCCUAGGGAUUUGAUGGAUGUUUAUUUGGAAAUGCUUGACUCCAAAGAUAGAAAGCCUAGCUUUUCAGAAACGCAGUUGUUGGCAAUUUGCAUGGAUCUGUUCAUGGCUGGCUCAGAGACAACAAGCAAAACUCUGGGCUUUGGGUUUCUGUACAUGUUGCUUCAGCCGGAGAUUCAAGACAAAGCCUAUGAGGAGAUUGUGAGGGUUAUUGGCAGGGACCGACUACCUCUACUCAGUGACAGACCAAACAUGCCUUACGUUGAAGCAAUUGUGUUGGAAUCACUCAGAAUGUUCAUGGGCAGAGCAGUUGCCAUACCUCACAGAGCUUUGAGAGACACUAAGCUCAUGGGAUAUACUAUUCCUAAGGAUACAAUGGUAGUUGCUAACAUCUCAUCUUUGAUGAUGGAUGAAACAUUCUGGGAGGAGCCACAAGAAUUUCGCCCUGAGAGAUUCAUCAAGGACGGAAAGGUUUCAAUGCCUGAGCGUUUCAUACCAUUUGGACUUGGCAAACAUCGCUGUAUGGGUGAGACUCUGGCCAAAUCGAACGUGUUCGUGUUCACUGCAACUCUCCUGCAGAACUUUGAGUUCAGAGUUCCCGAGGGAGAAGAACCCCCUUCCCCCGUGGGAGUGGAUGGGGUUACUCCCUCGCCAGGCCUCUACCAUGCCUACAUCACUCAGAGACCUCACUGCAAGUGAUCACCUACAGAUUGCUGUCAAACAACUGAAUUGACGAGUGCUCGACUUCGAUCCAACACCAAAGAGCAAGCUUCCUCUCAACCAAAGACAACACGAUAUUAUUCAGAUUCAAUCCACAAUUAUUUGCAAAUUAAUUGGAUCAAAUAAUAUCUUAUUGUCUUUGUCCCAACUGACUGUAGCUAAUUGAGUUCAUUAUAAGUAUUUUCGUUUGUAGGCCUAGAUAACUUCAUCAAUAAGGUAACAAAAGUAACCUCAAGGGGUCUGUCUUUAAAACUUCACAACUCUUGUAAUGAGCAUAAGACUGCUAAACACUGGAUUCCUAGAAUUACUGUAGGCCUAUUACAUAGUCGUUUUAUACUUAUAAGUUUCAGAAAGCCUGUAUCUCAUACGAUUUUACAGGAUUUCUAAUAUAUCAGAACCGCAGGUUUCUUAUCACAUCCCUCUGUCUGAAUGCUAUUAGAUGUUGCAAAUUAUAAUCAGAAUCACUCGGAUCUGACUGAUAGUCAGUAGUUUAUGACUAUAAAAUUGUGUUGGUAAUUUUCAAUAUAACAUAGACUUCCUAUUGUAUGCUCUAGUAUAGGCCUAGUAUUAGUGAAGAAUUUCUAGUUUAUUACCUAUCAUUUUUAAAUUCUCAAGAACCAAUAAAUGUAAAGAUAAAAACUCUUUCUAUACAGAAUUUAAACAUGAACAAUGUUCUACACUAUCUGUUCUAACUAUUGAGAAUAUAAGACAUAUAUAAUGUGUCAAUAAUAUUUGGUCAUAUGUAUUAAUUUCCACUGUUCAAAUUUAAAAUUGAGUUUUUCAUUCAAAAUCAAUGCUUAUACAAUAAAAUACUAUGGAAAUACUGUUAGAAUCAUAUGGUUUUUUUUUUCAUAAUAAUUUUUUCAUCAUGACGAAUGAUGCAUAAUUGCAGAUUCACUUUUGUCGAGUUUAACAGAUCAUAAUAAUUAUUAUUAUUGAGCAACAAUUUUGAUUCCGGAAUCCGCAUUCAAGUUUUGGAUUUUAAAUUUUCUCAAAUUUAUUAAAGCUAUUUAAUCAGAUCUGUCAAAUAUUUCUGGAAGUUUUCAGUCCUCAGAGCUUUUCGAUAAUAUGUUGCCUACAUGAUGUAUAAACCAAUUCGAAUUUUCCAGGCAGCCUUAAAAGACUUGUACAUAAAUUAUUAUUAUUUUAUAGCCUAUUACUUAAAAUCUCAGCAUUAUUGUAUUCCUGAGAAAUUGUAAUAGCAGUACCUACUUAGAAUUAGAUUUGAAUUUAUAAAUAGAAUAUUGUUGAGGAAAAUAAAACGUGUACGAUAUAUAUUUUCAAACAAA